AUGACUGCGACAAUAUUUAGAGGAUUUUAUUGGUCGUUUUGUGCGUACGAAGUAGCCAUAACUUUAUUAUAACCCAACUCAUCGUAUAGCAUAUAGAAGAACACUCAAAGAAAUAGUUUUGACUACCUUUAUCGGUUAGUCGUAUAUCAUAUUGGUGGUGAUUUAAUUCGUAUUUCGUUGUUCUUUCAUAGUGUUUUCCAUUCGGAUGGCAUCGCAUUCCGAAAAGAAGAUAUUUUUUUGUGUGCGUAGUGUUAAUGAAAAAUAACAUUUUCCAUAAUAUUAACAAAAACAAUAAUCAAACGGAUUAUUAUAAAGUUAGAGGGAUUCGUCUCACUCUAAAGAUGAAGAAAAUAUUUUUUAUUCUGUGACCUUUUUACAAUUCUUAAAUGUCAAUAUGGAUCUCAUUCGAAUGAAUUAAAAUUCAGUAGUGUACAAGUGAUCUCCGAAAAAUUUACGACUCAGCCUAUUAAACAAUGGGGCCGAAGAAGGCUCCGCCAUAAAAGUAUUAGACCCCAUUCGUUCGGCCCGCCAUAAAACAAUUAGGAAAAGGAUUGAUGACAUCGAUACAUAAAAAGUGGAUCCGAGGAUGGUGCAGCGGUUUCCGGAUACAGUGAGGGGCUCGAGCGAUGAUCGGAGGGUGGACAGCGAUGCGAGGUGGCAACCCGUCAGGUGGGCUGGUAGGUCGGCUGAUCUCUUGUCGGUGGCGUCCAGCUAGUGCGCGGGCGGCCUAUGCGGCGGGUGAUGAGCGAUGUCCGGCAAGCCGGCGAGCGUGGCGCCGCGAGCGGGCGGGGCCGGCGCGCCGCGCGUGCUGGUGUACGUGGCGGAGGCGCGCCAGCUAGAGGCGCGCGCCGCGGGGCCCGACCCGCCGCCGGCGCCGCGCCUCGCUGCCAGGGGCCUCUGCCGCCCGCAGGCCGAGCGGCCCGACCGGCCCGUCCCCGCCACCGUCUACUACAAACCCUUCAGUGACUCAGAACCCAAAAUAAACUCUUUUGAUUCCAAUAGCUGCCAGGGGGGAGAAUUCUUUCCCACUCAAUUUGUAAAAGAAAACUGUAUACAGGCCGAUGAGAACAAAGAUAGACAGAGUAGUGUAAAGCGGGAUUGUGAUAUAGCAGAGUGGAGUAACGAUACAUAUGUUAGGAUACCUUUGCCGCUGGGGGAUUUUGGGUACCAGAGAUGUCCAACGAGUGUAGAUAGUAGUAUGUCUAUGUUACCGGUAGUGCAUCAGAGCCAGUUCCAAGAUAGUGUGGUGCACAGUGAUGAUAGGGACUGUGGCGACAGGGAGGUUGUCGGCAAGAGUUUUGUGAACUACCAGUUGUUGGAACAGAGUGUGUCACACCAGUCUAUAGUGAAUCAAAGUAUCAAUAUACUGAACCAGCAGGUGGGUGUGGGUAGAGUGGUGGGUGAGGAUGCUCCGCAGCUGGUGCGCACGGCUGACGGAGUGGUGCUUGCGGUGCUGCCCUCUGUGUUGUCUCAGUCGGAAGCCGAACUGAGGACUGUGCAUAGUGAACUGCCACAAACUGUUACUGUGCCAUUGGGAUGGAGGAGAAUUGUCAAUGGAACAUCUGUAUUGUAUGUUAGCCCCAGUGGAACAGCGUUGAGUAACCUCUCGCAGUUACGGGACUACUUACAAACGUCGGGCACUUGUAAGUGCGGCCUGCCCUGCCCUUUGAGACCGGAGACUGCCUUCAGUUUCGAUCCUAAGGUAGUAAGCAAGCCGUACCAAGUGGCGGCGGGCGCUGAGCUGACCAAGUUGUGCAACCAUAAGCGGAAACUGCUGGCGUCGCUCCAGUCGCGCGUCCAGUCGCCUGUCACACCACCCCCGCAGACCAUUGAACAGAAAAAAGUUCUGGGCGCUGAAACUGCAAAGAAGAAGACGAAGAAACGGUCCGGCCUCAUGCCCGCCAUGAGCGUGUCACAAAUGAUGGUGCAAAGGGAGAGACCCCUCAACGAGUUCAAGCCCGACAACGACCAGAAGCGGACGGCUUCGCCAGGAGCCAUGCCCCAGCGCACAGGAACUAUGCAAUCCUGUCUUCCGUACUCACAGCACAACAUGCUUAACGCUGUCCAAGAUGAUGCUAAACAAGAAACUCUUGUGCAAAGAAGCUCACAUUAUCUUACUGUUAGUAGUGGUUGGAUAACUCAACAACCAGAAAUGGAAUCUAGCCCGAAACCAAACCAAGCGACAUCGAGUCCCAUAAAUAAUACAAUCAACAUUGGCCAGCCUGUACUGGGAACAAAUGGACAGGUUAUAGGCGUUAACACGGGAUACAAUAAACAUAUCACCAAUGUCAAAAAUGCGUUGAACGUACCCCUACACGUACAAAACGUGAUAGAACAAGAUCACAAAGAGGACGAAAAAGACUCGCAGGCUCAUAAACAACAUAAAGAUGAAGAGUCACAGAUAUUCUGCGGCCUAAACCAACCUCUAACGCCUGAGGUGAUGCAAAAAAUCAACGAACAGCAGCAAAUCUUCAUACAACGGAACCAGAAACAGAUAGAAGUUAUGAAGGGUUAUAAAACACAAAUGACUGAACAUAUGAGUCAAAACAAAUCUAUUCAAAAUCAAUAUGUUCCUCAGGGUCAACUAGUGAUUCAAAACGGUGCUGUCGUUAAAACAAACUCUGCCAAAACGCCUCCAUGGCAAGUUAAACGAAAUGAUUGUAAUCCUUCAACCUCUUUGUCAUGUCCAAGCCCGAAACUACAAAGGCUAGAAAAUAUAGAAUACGAUGAUUCAAGCAUAAAUACGUUUGAGGACUCGUCGUCCUCGACAGGUUCCUUCAUCAAUAACGAACAAAUUAUGAACCCUUCGAUGUGCUCCCGCGUGCCGCCUCUCCCACAACAUUACAAUAUGAUGGCACAGCAAUGGCCUGGCGUCGAUCUAAACAAGAAAAAAAUCAAGUGUAACAAAGCGCCAAAGAAAAAAGCUACUCUGAACGAGAAUAAACCUAUCACAUAUGGAAAUAACGGAAUAAGACAAUUACAGGAUAAAGCAAAGCCUUGUGAUGAUAUUGUAAGAAAUGCUGUCCCAUCAUUCAUGGACGAUCCUAAUGGAUAUUUAGCACAACAAACAGUCUUGCUGAACAAUACAAUAUCGAGACAAGUCGGCAUGAGCAAUCAGUAUGACAUUAAUCAAUUUGACAAUCCAAGUACGCCGUGCAAUUCUUUAAACCAACCUGACAAAAACUUGAAAUCGACGACCAAACCAGGCGAGCAUAUUAACGUGUUUAGAAAUAACGUAGUACCAAACCCGUCGCUUUCACCUAACAAUACACCAGACAGCAGUCUCGUACCUGACAAGAGUUUUGAAAAUAACAUGCCACAAUGCUGUAAAGAUUGCAAUAUCCCGUACAAAGCGAAUUGCAUAGAGACAUCGGAUAGCCAAAUGCGUGCUAAAUUUUUAAAACAGAAUCCCAAUAUAUACGGCAGAGAGUUAGAAAGUAGGGUAGCUACUCCGUCCAGUCCUAAACAUGUAUUCGAUGAUAAUCCUGUUACAUCAUCUACUUAUAUAGAGCGGAAUAUUAUGAUGAAUGAUAAUUGCGGACCAAUUCAAGCUGGUAUUGUCAGUACGAGUAAUGUGUCACCCAAUGAAACGUUACAUCAGCCUGAGCCUUCGCCAACCCCGUCUAAUAGCUCUCGGAGUACGGACACGCCUCACAGUAGCGGGAGUAAUUCGCAACUACAAAAUAAUUGUACAUAUCCCAUGCAGAGUCCAGUUUACUCUAAUCCAGGCUCCAGCAGAGAUUAUUACAAUAGCAACCCUUCCACACCAGGAAGCAAUCACACAUAUCCCUAUAAUUCACCCGGACCACCUAUCAGUCAAUCGGUGUCUGGAAAUCAGGUGAUGCAUUUUAUAUCAAAUCACAAUGUUAACAAAAAUCUAAUGGAAGUAGAUAACAUAUCAAUGGUUGGUGUGAAGCCAGUAAUAAAGAAUCAACAGGAAAUUUUCAGACUGGAACCAAAGAAAAGGAUAGAAAAUACGAUGCCCGGAUAUUGUCCUCCACCUCAUUUGGGCGGUGGUCCAGCACAUUCCCUUAUACAGGCCUGUUACAUACAGACUUUCGUAACGACCAUGGCCAGUGGUUUUUCUGUUACUAGAGACACCGUAACGUCGGUUCUAGCCGGUAAAGCUAGCACGGCGACUACCUCUAUCAAUGCAUCACAAGCAAACUUCAUUAGGCCACCGCCACCCCCAAGCGUUAAUUUGGCUACAACAUACGCUAUACCGAAUAACCAACCAGAUCCUUUCAUAAACUCUGUCAAUUUACCUACCAGUUACCCUUUACAUAUUGCGGGUACAACUGCUCAAAGCAUGAUAUCCAAAUCACCGCUAGAAAUGGUGCAGAAUGUCAUAAGUAAUAUACCGUCUAAAUCAGAAACGAGUAACAUUCAAUCGGCGUCACUACCUCAAAGGCGUGCAUGUUCCACUCCGGGACAAAUUCUUAUUUCUUCCACGGGUCAAAUCCUCGUGUCUAGUAAUCAAAUGCUGCCGCCGCCGCCAAAGAAUACAACAGUGAUGUCGCCAAUGGGCUCGAGUGUUGUCACCAGUGGUACUACCUCCUUAAACCAAGUCGGCCCAGCCGUUGGCGGAGUUCAACCAAUCGUUAACCAACCAACAGUAAUGGUCAAUAGUCUGCCAACUCCAUUUGUCAUUCAACCCCCCAUGAUGGCUGUAGAUGGGCAAGUUGUGCAACAAAAUUCUGUGUUGCCUCAAAUUGUUGCUGGUGGUAUUGGUCCUGGACAGCAAACGAACGAAAGUCAACGACAAAUUGAAGUUAAAAACAGCCAGGGCUUCGUUCCAGGGGUAGCCAUGUUGUCACCGGAGAGUUUGAAAAAAAGAAGUAAGAAGAAGAAGAGUCAGGCGCAGAAUAUAACCAACGUUCUACAGAUAGCUGCGCCUCAGCAGAAUCCCAAUAAUAUAAUGGUGCAUCACUCUUCCCCGCAACAUAAUUCUAGUCCACAAUUUUCUCCUCGCGGUUUUCAACUGUCGCCAACGAAUAACAUAUCACCGACGCCGAUGUUGCAAGCGUUAACUAUCGUCCCCGGCAAAUCUGGUACUCCAGCACAUAUAGUGAUGAAUGGUCAGGGUAAUACAAAUAAUUUUGCAUCGCAGCAGCUAAUCGCAAAUACCUCACCAUCGCAACAAAUAAAUUUACUUCAACCUGUCAAUUUGAUUAACAAUGCAAAUAAUGUAAUGUCAAACUUCCCCGCUUUCCAACAAUUUAUUCUACCAAAUCUCGGUGGGAUGGUGAUGACGGCUGAUGGAACGGCCAUCAUUCAGGACAAUUCCACUGGAAUGCCGAUGCAGCUCCAAUUACAAACUGUUAAUGGCCAAAACGUGUUAACGCCUGUGCAAAAUCCUGGGUUAUUCACUACGGGAGCCAACAGUGGCGUAGUCAUCCGUGCACAAAAUCAGCAAGGCAAAAUAAUACAAUCACAGCACAGUCCUGGAGCCCAAUUUCUAUCUCCAAAUAGUCAAGUGAUGAUGAGCAGUCCCAACUUCAAUGGUCAAUUAAGUCCACUUCUCACCAAUUUAAGCCCGACGAACGUCGCCUUUAACGCGAGUCCCCAAGUGCGAUCGGGAAACGUGCCAACCCAGGAAUUCAUUCAGUCUAACCAGAUGGGCCAAACGCUAAUGGUUCCCUUAUCUCCCAAACAAGUUCCCAUAGCUGCUACGAACAACAGAACUAAUUCUACAUUCGUCCAGAACACGACCAUAGUGCAGCAGCAGACAACUUUAGUCUCUAAUUCUCAUAACACACAAAAUAUGAACGUGCAAAGUGGGAAUUCGAGACUGAGUAUAGACUCGAAUAUUUUACUCAACCAGAAGCCAGUUGCGAAUCCGAAAAGGUUCAACCAAUUGGUUGGGGAGAGUAGCCAAGUGGAAUUUAAGGACAAUAAAGGCCCUGUAACUUUUGAUCACGGCGUGAAAGACGAGAAACCGGAUGGUUCGGAGGAAUAUGCUCGGCUCAUGCAAGAGUUGGGAGGUGUCAGGCAUUCCGUGUCGACGCAAACAUUGGGCCAACGUGGUGGCAAGUCUCCGAAUAUGGCCGGAGGGUCGCCGCCCGACACGACGACACAUAGUCCGCUUGGCGCCUUGGACGCGGCGCCUAGUCCUCGCAUUUAUGCCGCGGCUUCCAAUUACGCCGAUACUACUACCAAAUCACCAGAGCCCGCGGAUAUUCAUUCUUCGGCUAUGGUGCAAUGCGUGUCGAGCAGUGAGCAAGACAUGGCCGAGUCUCGCGAGCGCGCGUGGCCCACCCCGAGAAGCGAUAUCAGCUCUGAUUCCGAACAUAAUAUGAUGUCCAACAUACAAUUAAUGCGAAUGAACCGCACCCACAACUCGGUCGAAUCGAGUGAAAUCCAAUACAACCAGAGCAUGAAUCCAUCCAAUAGCCAACAACACGUUUUACCCAUGACAUCGACUCUUUACGAUCGACCACAAAGUUAUAAGAGGAAAAACGAUUUUGGAGACGGGUCGACGUAUAGAAACGAUAAAAUUAUGAGGUCCAAUUAUGGCAUGGUUCAUGGAAUGCCUAAAGACUAUGAUAUGUCUAUGAGUCAAGAAAAGCAAAGACGUUUUUCGCCUUCGGGCAGCAAUUCUGAAAGUUCAUCCCUUCAGAAAGUAUUUGAUAGACAUUUAGGUUCCGAUAAUGAUUCGAAGAGCGAGGACGAGUCGGACGACAAGUCGCAGGACGGGUCGAGCGAUAACUCCAUUCGGAGGCUCGAAGUCGGGGAUCUGGUUUGGGGUCCUGUGAAGGGUUACUCGUCGUGGCCCGGCAAGUUGGAGGCGCGAGUGUCGGAGAGCAAGUGGAGCGUGCGCUGGUUCGGAGACCGCUCGCCCGGGGAGGUGGAGCACUCCAGGCUGCUGACGCUGUGCGAGGGCCUGGAGGCUCAUCACGCCGCCAGAAUGCGCCAUAGGAAGAGCCGAAAGCUGAAUACUCUGUUAGAGAACGCGAUACAAGAAGCGAUGGCGGAACUUGAUAAGAAAACAGAAACAAACGAACCAGACGAGAGUGCGGAAGACCUCGCCGACAUUACGGACACACCGAAACGGAAACAUCACAAACUCAAGAACAAACACAAGAAAACCCCCGCCAAAGUCGAUGCCACUCGGUUACGGAGCUCUCGAUGACACUUGUAGGUGCUAUUCAAUUGUUUCUAUUACGCAAGCAGUGGAAUAGAUCUUAAUCUUUUUAAUAACAACUUAACAUAGCUUAAGACCUUUAGGUUAACCACAAUUUGGAUGCGAAUUUGUAUCAUAUGAAUACUGGCCGUACAAAUUCAUCUUAAAAGCGCUUAAGCAUGCUUGUACAAAAUAAUUGUUCAUGCGGGUUUGUCAUGCUUGCAGUUACAUAAUAUGUGUCCAACCUUUAGGCACCGCGGCCGCUGUGUUCCACAGUGCGUUACUGAACGAACUCCUAUACUAUAGUAAACUGAAAACAAAAUAUGGAGGACAGGCACCGCGCCUGGGUUUACCGCACCCCGCCGCCGUUAUGCCAAAUAAGACAGGCCACACGAUGCGUUUCCGGUGCGUUGUGGCGCCGCACCGCCGUGGAUUCGAGUAUUGGGUGCCACACGGGCACUGCUAGCCGCUCUCGCAAAAAGUAUGGCGUUGCAACGCACCACCUCUCGUCGGCUCGUCCCUCUGGUUCUGGUUCUAUCUAGGAUGAACCAGUGGCACCGCUCGGGCGCCGCACCGCCAACGCAACGCAUCGUGUGGCUUAUUCUUAAAUUAAGCUUAGUUUGAUAGUUUGAGUUGUUAUCAAGAAAGGCUCAGUGCCUCGGCUCUGCUGGUAUGCUUCAGCUAAAAUUGUGCAAGUCUUAAGGCAGGUUUAUAUUGAGACAAGGAGUGGCGACAGCGUUUCUGGCAUGGAAAUAACGCGUCAGUCAAUGACACAAACCCUUUAACUUUAUACAUUCGUCUACUGACGAAUGUAUGAAGUUAAAGGCAAAGACAGACCACGUACUAAGCAACGCAAUACAAUGUACGUAAAGCUGAAUAAAGGGACCGGGGCUAGGGACUUUUUUGAUAAACUUAAUUGACUCUUGGCGCCUAUUGAAUUAGUUUGAUUUUUUUAGGUACUUUUUUUUUACGUAGCUAUAAAUAAAAUUAAUAUAGAUAAAAUGUUCCAUUGUCUACUUCAUUUAUUAAAAUUUUUGAUGCAUACUUAACUAGUAAAAAUAAAUAUUCUACUUCACAUAAAAUUUUGCACAAACGCAUCAAAUCAAUGCAAUCAAAAAAAGCAAUGUGAAGAUUAUCUAAUUAUUUAUUAUUAUUGGUGUCGUUAAUGAAUUCCGUUCUCUACCGAUGGACGUACACCUGACAUACGUACUAGACGUUUCAUUACAUACGUACCAGGUCUUGCAUUAAGGUUCCUAUGAACCUUAAGGGCAUGUGUUGAAUAUGUCAUAUUAUGUAGUCUGAAUGUUCCCCUAUCGAAGCCCCCUAUCUUGACUAUGAAUUCCAGUGUGAAUCUUAAAAAUAUUAUUUAUUGGUGUGCCAUCGACGAUGUCGCCAUCCAGUGUCUGGAUCUAGCCUUGCCUUUAAUACUAAAUAAUUUUAUGUACAAAUAAGUUAAGUCUGGUGUCGUUUUUUUUCAAAGAGUUUUAACAUAGAGAUUCCAUUAAUAUAUUAUUUGAUUUUCAAUCGCCAAAUAAUAUUUAAUUGAGGAAUGAAUUGGAUGUAUGGAUAAUUUGUUUACUGGAAAUAUGUCGAAACGACGAAUUAAGUUUAUUUGGCGAUUGAAAUAAACUCUAAUAGGAACAAUUUUUUAACUCAAAAGUAUCAAUAAUAUAGGAAAUGAAGCCUAAAUUAUAUUAGUCGUAAUAAAUAUCGGUAGCUGUACUCGUAAUCAAAGUUAAUAUUAUAAUACUGUUGAAUAUAAUAAUAAAAAUAAUAUUUCGUCGCUAAGUCCGAGAGUUCUAAUCUUGUACAUAUUUUAAAACUACACUUAGUCCUCAAUGUAAAGUUUAUUAUGCUAUUGAGUAAUGAAUACACGAAUAUAAGAUUAUCAAAAAUUAUCAGAAAAAUUCUGACACGAGCUAUAAAUUCAGAAUUUUGCCGAAACGGAAGACCGCUUCUCAUGCGCGAGUGAGUGCGACAGAAAGUUCUUUGACGGUCAAUUUCUGAUAAUAUACGGCCGGCCUAAAUGUCGUAUCGACCGAUAGACAUACAAUGACGAAGGUCUCUUGCAAAGACUUUCACAGUACACAGUAUGCCCUUGUGUCUACAAAUAACUCAUUAAUCGACUAAAAACCUCUUCCAACAAAACAUGAGAUUCCGGCCGGAAUGCAAGCGGUUUGAGUGAGGCCUAAGUCCUUUAUGGAAAUUAAUUAUUGAACUUUUUAAUUGUAAUUAUGUGUAUUAUAUUAUGUAUAUUCCAGCGUUUUACAAUGCUAAUAGGAAACCGAUGGAAAUUUUAGCAGCUAGAUUACUAAACGUGAUUCAAUCACAAUGGUCUCGUUCGGACUGACUGGUAUACCUAGUCCUCAUUUGUUUAUUUCCAAGCUAACUUAAAGCUGCGAUUGCAUUAUUAACAAUUGCUAAUAUGAUGAGCCAUAAUACAGAAGGACUUAAGACAGACAGAACCGCAAAUGCAGCGGACAUUUAAAUAUUGCCCUUAUCCAAUUUGAAUAAAGUUGUAAUUACUAUAAAAUCAAGUGGCAUACUUCUUUUGCCCUCGCGAUAUUGGCAGCUGAUAUCACAGUUGUAUUCGAAUUGGAUAUUGAAUUUUUUUUAAACUGCUCGUAUAAUUUGCAGUUCUGUCUUCGCUGACCUGCUAGUCAGUCUGGACGCGGCCUAAUAUUCUAUAUUAUUUAGAUUAAGAUGAUCUGGCUAGACAUCAUUUUGUCGGAUUAGAAUAGAGCGUAAAUAUUCAGAGAUUUUUUAUACGGUAGAAUAAAACAUAUAUUACUUAUUGUUUUUUCAUAAUUAUUAUAGAACAACCAAAAUUGCUGUUUUCUUAACAUAGUGGAGAAACAGUAUUUUUAUUAUGUGAUCGAGAUUUUUAAAUAAUUAUUGGUCCUGUUGAAUUAAUUUUUUGAUGUAAGCUGCUAUCUCUCUUUUAUUAUUCCGAUUGAAACGGGAUACACGCGCGAAAGAUUAAUUCCAUAGAACGCGUUUUUAGAUUUCAAUUAGGUCUAAAGUUUUUAAUGCUACUUUUACGUAUAUGUAUGAAAAUCUGGAAAUACUGUCGUUAAAUUAAAAUUCAGUGGGCCCUGUUAGGAGGAAUUCUGUUUCAAGCGAAUCGAUAUUAUUUGCCGAGCCAAAUUAACAACUUUGGAGCUUUGGUAUUUACCCAAGCCGUAUUUGUAUCUUCGGUAUCGGCUUAUAGGAGCCUCAGUAAAAUGUACCGGGCCGUAUAGAGGCAUUUGGUUGAAUUUGCCGAGCCGUAUGAGGGGCUUUCCAUACAAUUGGCUGGGCCGUAUUAGGGACUCACGGUACAAUUAUCCGGGCCGUAUAUGAGACUUCAAUAAAAUUUUCCAACCUAUAACAUAAGGACCCUUGGCAUUUGCCUAGCUUAAAUAGGAGAAACAGUGAAAUAUACCGGGUCGUAUGAGGGCCAUAAUUAGGACCAUCGAAAAAAACAGGGCCUUGCAAUUUAUAUUUUGCGGGUCAUAUUUUACGUUAAAUCACAAUUUUGUACAAUUUUACACGAAUGAAUCGAAUGAAUGAGUUUUUAGGGUGUGCUAUAUGAACAUCGUGUACAUUUUUAUGUUUUUCUAUUUUUUUUUUUAUAAAAUAAUAAUAUGGUUUCUAGUCAAAUAAUUGAGCGUAUUAAAUUGUAGAUAAUGCGGAUGGAAUAUAAUUGACAAUAAAAUGGGCCUGGCGACAUAUUUUUAACAUAAUAAAUGCAGUAUUUAUUUUAUUUUCGGACAUUAUAAUAAUUGUUUGCCGUUGUAUUUAAAUAGUAUUUCUUUUUGUUGAUAAUUUUAAAGAUAAACGUAUGUAAGUCGGUACUAAUGUCAAUUUCUUGAAAACCUAUGAAUGAAUUCCUAAAAAAUAACGCAUAUCAUAUUUUCUGCCGGAAAGUCGCAUCCACAUACAAAAAAUUGCAUUGUGCGUCGUGUUCGCCGCAGCGUUCGAUCACAAUGCUUAUUUAUGUGAACGAGGCUUUAGGCUAACGCUAUCAUGGUAGGUCGUGCCAAGACUGUUCUGUAGGGCCUGCCUUGAAGGUUUUUUUAAUUGUAAAUGUUACUGUGAAAUCUCGAACUACUGUACAUCCUAGAAAUUUUGUAGUAAAAAUAAAGAUUUAUAAAGUUUUAAAUGUAUAAGCCCAAACUGUUCCAUGAUGAUCAUUCAUUUCAGACUGCCAAACUUGUUAAAUCCUAGGUGUUACCUCGGAAAUAUGCAAAAACCGAAUAAUGACUAAGCCGGAACGAAAUUUUAGCAACCCGACACCACGUAGUCUUGUCUGUUCUAUCCAUGGAGUAUUUCUGUAAAAUGCGAGGCCGAAACAAUUUCUUCGAAGCCAAGUUUUCUGGCGUAAACAAUAAUUAUAAACAUAAAUAAUUAAAUAAUAAUACGUAAUUUUAAAAACAUAAAAAUUUCACUAAACACCGAUUCCAAAUUGUUAUUUUUGCAUGUAUCUGUGGUAAAACCUAGAAUUCAAAGAGUAAGUGCUGGUAAAAUUCUGAAAUUAACGAUUAUUAUCAUGAAAGUUUAUACAGCCAAUUAAGACUUCGUAAAUCUUAGAUUUUUCUGGAAAUUCCUAGGGAAUUAGUAAAGUUUUCAGUUUAAAAUUGAUUCCAGAAGCAAAUGGAAUCCUAAAUCAAUAUCGUGCAAGUCAAACUUCACUACACCUAACCUGUAAAAUAGAAAACAGUAUUUGUCUUUAUUUGAAUAAAAAUCUAUUCUAGCAUAGGCCAUAAAGUGGUAAUGAACUUGAACAAAAUUAAUUAAUUAUUGUCGUAAUGACUACCACUUAAGAGCGAUUAUAAGCGAAAAUUCGAGAGUGAUUAAUCUUUUAUACAGAGAUAGCUGAUAUUAAACAAAUCAUCACAAGAUUGUAUGUUGGGAAAUGAUUUUAAUUUGUGGUAGAAGGAAUCUUAAUUUAAAUAAAAACAUUUAUAAAAUGCUUUUUUUUAAAUCACAAUAAUAAUAAUUAAUAUUAUAUAAUAGGUAAUGAAUGUUUUUUCUAAAUAUCGUAGCUAGAUUAUUAGAUCAUGUGAAUGAAUAAAUUUUGAUAGGAAAUUUGUUAUUGACGGAUCUUUGUUAGAUAAAUGUCUAUGCGUAAAAUGAAUUUUUGUGAUCUUUGAAUGUAACGUAAGUAUGUAAUUAUAUCAAGGACUUAAUAAAUAGCUGUUUUUAUAUUUAUGUACGGCCGAAUACUGAAACGCCACAUAAUAUUUGAGCGCUGCUCAAAGUGACAAACGCAAUGAAAUUUUAAGAUGUGCUCAAAUAUUUAAAGCGGUUCACAAUCGGAGGUUAAAUAUAGGGAUUUCACUUAAUUUAUCCUAUAAAAUAGAUGUCCCCAAGAUAUCAUAUUAAAUGUUAAAUGGAUAUUGUUUAUUUAAAUCGGUCGGUUUACACUUCCCAAGACGGUAUUAUGUAAAUAUUCUUAUAACUGUAGUUAUGUAUAGUAUUCUAUUUCAAGGAAAUUAAUGUUUUAUAGAUUAAUAACUGUACAACAUAAGAUUAUUUAUUUGUUUUGCUGUGUACAUAUUUUUUUCAAUAAAAUGUACCUGUUUUUUAAUUUA